AUGCGCUUCGCUCCCGAAUUAAAAAGCUUUGCCCUUUGCGACAGUCUGCAUAUGCCGCAUGUCAAGAAGCGCUAUGCCGUGCGCGCAGGAGUUGUCACCGAUCAGGAGAGCUAUACGCCCGAUAUCGACAGCCGUUUUGACAUGCGCAUCGCGGGCGUUAACCACUUCACAUGGAUGCUCAAGGCCGAGUUUGAUGGCGAGAAUGUUAUGCCCAAAAUAGCCGAAUCGAUCCGAGAGCAGGCAGCGACGGAAGAUACCGGCGGCGACGUGGGUGCCAAGGCCAUCUUCAACAAUGCCAUCGCCCAUCAGCUCUACGAAGCCUUUGGCUAUGUGCCCGUUUGCGUCUCUCAUACCAAAGAGUACGUCAGCUUCUAUCAAGGUCACGGCGUGCUGGAAGAAAUUGUGCCGCCCCUGAAGAUUUGGGAGACGGAAGCCCGUUACGACCGUCACGAAGCUAUGUGGAAUCAAGUCGAUGAUUUUGUCACCCGCAAGGUACCGAUUGGUCAAUUUAUGGAGGUUAUGGGACCGGACCACGCCACCGAUAUCAUCGAGAAUAUGGUGGGCAAUCUUGGGCAACCAUUUUACGUCAACUCGCCCAACCGAGGGGCCGUGACCAAUAUGAGUGAUGACGCUUUUCUCGAGCUGCUCUGCGAUGUGGAUAUGAAUGGCCCCGUGCCGCGCCCAGUGGGCGAAAUGCCCCGCGGCAUCCGCGGCAUGCAGGAGGUCGUGCUCGACACCCAUGAAUUAACAGCGGAGGCUGUCGCCAAAUGUGAUUAUGGUCUGCUGCGCCGAGCCAUGUUGACGGAUCCGCUGGUCAAUUCGAUUGCCGAUGCUGAUGCGAUCUUAAAAGAGCUGCUGGAGCACGAGAAAGAAGUUCUGCCAGAAUGCUGGCGAUAA